GAAUAGAGCGGGGAUGUCGCCGCCGGCGCGGCUCGGGGGCCGCCGGUGGGCCUGAGACCGUCCUUGCCCUGCGCGCUCGGGCGUUCCCGGGACGCUGAAGGGGAACCCUGUAUUCGAGGAUGUCGGCCCCGCUUAGGGGAAACCGCGUUUCAUGAAAUGGACAGUGUGUCGGCUUUCCCACGAGCGCAGGAAAACUCUCUUUAAGGGACCUUAUCGGAGGGAUGGCGCGUUGAUUGUUGUUCGGGAACCGUGGCUGGAGGACCACCCGCAUCCAGAUCCCCUGCUGCGGUUCACAUCGAGAACCUGCCACCUGCUGGAAUUUGGGAGCCUCUGGACUAGAGCAUCAGAGCUUCAGUGCAGGGUCCACAGGUUACGUUGGCACGAUGGGGAUACAAGGAUUACUGCAAUUUAUCAAGGAAGCGUCUGAACCCAUCCACGUGAGGAAGUACAAAGGGCAAGUAGUAGCUGUGGACACCUAUUGCUGGCUUCACAAAGGCGCGAUUGCUUGUGCAGAAAAGCUGGCCAAAGGUGAACCCACCGACAAGUAUGUAGGAUUUUGUAUGAAAUUUGUAAAUAUGUUACUGUCUCAUGGGAUCAAGCCUAUUCUUGUGUUUGAUGGAUGUACUUUACCUUCUAAAAAGGAAGUGGAGAAGUCUAGAAGAGAAAGACGACAAGCCAACCUUCUUAAGGGAAAGCAGCUUCUUCGUGAGGGGAAAAUCUCAGAAGCCAGAGAAUGUUUCACCCGUUGUAUCAAUAUCACACAUGCCAUGGCCCACAAAGUGAUUAAGGCGGCUCGGGCUCAGGGAGUAGAUUGUCUCGUGGCGCCGUACGAAGCGGAUGCCCAGCUGGCCUAUCUAAACAAAGCGGGCAUCGUACAGGCUAUAAUCACAGAGGACUCUGAUCUCCUUGCUUUUGGCUGUAAAAAGGUGAUUUUAAAAAUGGACCAGGUUGGAAACGGACUGGAAAUUGACCAGGCUCGGCUGGGCAUGUGCAGACAGCUGGGGGAUGUGUUCACAGAAGAGAAGUUCCGUUACAUGUGUAUUCUUUCGGGCUGCGACUACCUCCCCUCGCUGCGCGGGAUUGGACUGGCAAAGGCCUGCAAAGUGCUGAGGCUGGCCAAUAACCCAGACAUUGUAAAGGUUAUCAAGAAGAUUGGACAUUAUCUCAAGAUGAAUAUAACUGUACCAGAAGAUUACAUCAAAGGAUUUAUUCGGGCCAACAACACGUUCCUUUAUCAGCUAGUGUUUGAUCCCAUCAGAAGGAAGCUCAUCCCUCUGAAUGACUAUGGAGAUGACAUUGACCCUGCAACCCUAAGCUAUGCUGGCCAGUAUAUUGAUGAUUCCAUAGCUCUUCAGAUAGCACUUGGAAAUAAAGAUAUAAAUACUUUUGAACAGAUUGAUGACUACAGUCCAGACACUGCUACGCCUGCCCAAUCAAGAAGUCGUAGCUGGGAUGACAGAACAUCUCAGAAGUCAUCUAAUGUUAAUAGCAUUUGGCAUAGGAAUUAUUGCCCUAGACUUGAGCUGGGUAUUGUUCCAGGCACAACAAGAUUGAAGGAAAGGCCAAGUACUGUGGGCAUUGAACAAGUGAUUAGUACUAAAGGGUUAAAUCUUCCAAGGAAGUUGGCCAUUGUGAAAAGACCAAGAAGUGAAGAGCUGUCCGAAGAUGAUCUGUUGAGCCAAUAUUCUCUCUCAUUUACAAAGAAGACCAAGAAGAACAGUUGCGAAGGUAGUAAAUUCUUGAACUCCUCCCAAACGUUUAUGCCUGACCUGGUAAACGGAACUACUAUUAAAAAAACCGUAAGCACACCACCGACAACGAGAAACAAAUUUGCAGCAUUUUUACAGAGAAAAAAUGAAGAGAGUGGUGCAGUUGUGGUUCCAGGGACCAGAAGCAGGUUUUUUUGCAAUUCUCUGGAUUCUAUGGACUCUGUAUCAAAGAAAGAAGGCAGCCAGCCUCUAGAUGAAACUGCUGUCACAAAUGAAAAGACCAAUCUCAGUGAAUCAGAUUGUGUAGAGGGCAAGAAGCUGGUUGAUCUCAAUGAAUCAGGUUGUCUAGAGAGCAAGAAGCUGGUCGAUCUCGAUGAAUCAGGUUGUCUAGAGGGCAAGAAGCUGGUCGAUCUCGAUGAAUCAGGUUGUCUAGAGGGCAAGAAGCUGGUUGAUCUCGAUGAAUCAGAUUGUCUAGUGGGCAAGAAGCUGGUCGAUCUCGAUGAAUCAGAUUGUCUAGAGGGCAAGAAGCUGGUUGAUCUCGAAUCAGAUUGUCUAGAGAGCAAGAAGCUCGUUGAUAGGAAUGCAGCACAUAAUCCAAGCAAACAUAUUCCAGAGGGUAUAACUGUGACUGCUGAUGAAGAGUCUCCAUUUUUCAAGACCAGCAGAUUCACAAGGACCAUUUCACCACCUACUUUGGGGACACUAAGAAGUUGUUUUAGUUGGUCUGGAAGUCUUCGAGAUUUUUCAAGAACUCCGAGCCCCUCUCCAAGCACACUGUUGCAUCAGUUCCAGAGAAAGGGCGAUUCCCCCAGCUCUCUGCCUAAGCGUGAGAUGCCCGAGGUGUCUCAGGUAAAGAGUGAUGAGUCAGAUGGUGAAACUCACCCUGUACAUGAACUGGACUGGUCUUCACAAUCUCAGGAGAGCGUGGCAUUAUCACCACACAGCUUAAAUGAGUCAAAACUUUCUCAGCCUUCUAGCAAGGAUUUCCAUUCAGAGGAAUCUGGUUGCAAUUUUAAGUCACUUGGCAAUCAGGGUAAUCAGAAAUCCAAGGUACACUUAUCUCAUUUUUCAAACAAAGACAGGCGUCUAAGGAGCAAGGUUCCCGGGCUCUAUAAAUCUAGUUCUUUGGACAGUCUUCCUACAACCAAGAUCAAACCUCUGGUACCCGCCAGAGUCAGUGGGCUGAGCAGGAGGCCAGCAAGAAGCCAGAAGAGGAAGCAUCAUGAUGCCGAGAACAAGCCGGGCUUGCAGAUAAAAAUCAACGAGCUCUGGAAAAAUUUUGGAUUUAAAAAAGAUUCUGAAAAGCUGCCUUCUUGCAAGAAGCCAGAUCCCCUGUCUCCGGUCAAAGAUAAUAUCCAACUAACGCCUGAAACAGAAGAAGACAUAUUUAACAAAUCCCAGUGCGCGUUUGUGCAGAGAGCAAUAUUCCCAUGAACGCGGGCAGCUGGGAAGCUCUUGCCUACGAGAGACUUUCUGUCGAUGUAAAGUCCUGCUUGGGAAUGAGGCGGUUACCCGUCUGAAAGAUUUGUUUAGAUUUAUGCCACUUUUUUAAAUAGAAUGCAUUUUGUAUAUUAACUGUGAUUGUUUCUUUUGUUCAGCUUUUUAUAUUUUCAUAAGAAGCUAACUAGAGAAAUUAUUUUGUUUUUGACAAUUUGGGGAAGUUUUAAUGUUAAUUGGGCAAGUCUGCUGGGAUUUAUAAAAAUGUACUCUAAAGAUUUCUGUUUCGUUGUCAGACAUAAAUAUGGUGAAUGGUAAA